AUAUAUAUAUAUAUAUAUAUUAAAACAUUAACAAAGGUAGGAGGAGUUGAAAAAGUAAAUUUGCAUUUAAAAUGUUUGGUGGUUGGUGUAAUUUCAACUGUCACGCACGCCAUGGGGAAAUGAAAAGCGUGGUCAAACCGCGGUUGGGUUUUUCUGAUUUGGUUGGAAUUGAACUACAAAGGGGAACCCUUUGCCUUCUCCACCACGUCUCUCAUUAUAUAAACAACCCUUCCUCCCUAGUCUUUUCUUCUUUCUCUUUUUUUCCCCUCUUACAUUUUUUUCCCCACAUUUCCUUCUCCGUGAUUUUUCUUCCUCUUCUAGGGUUUCGUUGUUGCCAGAGGCGUCCUUCCAUUUACACGUUUCCACUGCUGCAUUCAAUUGUCGUCCCUACUCCGUUUGUUGACUGACUAGAAAAGUGAGGCUAAGAAGUGGGAAGAUGUGCAAUUUCCAGGGCUCUUUUGCUUAAUGGACCGUACGCCUGGCUGCAGUGAUAAGGUUACUUUGAAGAAGUGGUUUUUCAUCGACAAAAGGGUUGGUUAAAAGUGUGUGAAACAAUUUAAGAGCAGAGUAACUCAAACCAUUGUCAACUGCUUGCAUAGUUUUAAAACUUAUUUUCUGCCAUAAAAAAGAUACCGGGCACAAUGGACCUGAAAUCAAAUACAUCCCCUGUUGUCACCGAUCCUGCCCCACUGACUCCGUCCAGAUUGGGCAUCCACUCAGCUUUGAUGCCAUACUCUCCGGCUGGGCCAACUUUCUCCCCCACACUCUUCCUUACUAUCCCAAGGAAGAAGCCUGGAAUUUUAGAUGAUGUUAGAUCAAAUACUUGGUUGGUGGAUGCCAUGAAAUCUUCAUCUCCUACACAUAGAAAGAAAAGUAAGGAUUCCACUGCUGAACUAGCAUCAAAUGAAAAUGAUCUUGCCUACCGCAUAUGGAUGCUCAAGUAUCCCUCGGCACUUUCAUCAUUUGAACAAAUCACAAAUUAUGCAAAAGGCAAAAGAUUAGCACUUUUUCUGGACUAUGAUGGGACUUUAUCACCAAUUGUAGAUGAUCCAGAUCGAGCUUUCAUGUCUAGUGCUAUGCGUGGUGCUGUGAGGAAUGUGGCUAAAUAUUUUCCCACAGCAAUUAUUAGUGGGAGAAGUCGUGAUAAGGUACAUGACUUUGUCGGACUAUCUGAACUUUACUACGCUGGUAGUCACGGCAUGGAUAUAAUGUGCCCUGUUCGAGCCAUUUCUGAUGACUAUAGUUGUAUUAGAUCUACUGACAAGCAGGGCAAGGAAGUUAAUCUUUUCCAACCUGCUAGUGAGUUCUUACCAAUGAUCGAGGAGGUUCUUAGAUCUCUUGUUGAGCUCACAAAAGACAUCAGCGGAGCAAAGGUUGAGAACAACAAAUUCUGUGUUUCGGUACACUACCGUAAUGUAGACGAGAAGAGUUGGUCAACCAUCGCCGAAUCUGUUGAUGAUUUGUUAAAACACUACCCCCGUCUGCGAUUGACACAUGGCCGGAAGGUUUUAGAAGUCAGGCCUGUGCUUAACUGGGACAAAGGAAAAGCUGUUGAGUUCUUACUUGAAUCAUUGGGGUUGAAUAAUUGUGAUGAUGUUCUUCCCAUUUACAUAGGAGAUGAUCGUACAGAUGAAGAUGCAUUUAAGGUGUUGAGAGAGGGAAAUAAAGGUUACGGAAUCUUAGUUUCUUCUGCUCCAAAAGAAAGCAAUGCAUUCUACUCUCUGAGGGAUCCAUCUGAGGUGAUGGAAUUCCUCAAGUGCUUGGUAUCAUGGAAGAAGUCAAGUUGUAGCAAUUAACUUAUCGAAUACAUAUAUAUACCCCAUUUUGUUGGAUUUUUUUGUUAUGAAGAUGGAAUGACUAGUUGUGGGGAUGGUUUAGGGAGCGGAGGUGCUUAUUAAAAGUUUCGAGAGACGAGAAUCAGGAUAUUCUAAUUUGCUGUUUCUGCUCAGAGCUUUUCUUUGUAAAUUCAUUUUCGUAAUUGCUGCAUCAAGGAUGCCCUUAGCCCAGCCAAUGUAUUUCUUAGUCAUCCAUCUUCAUAUUUCUUUUUUAUUUUGUUUUUGACUUUGGCUACCACUUCUCUCCCCAAGGGAGAGUGUACCUUGUUCGACACCUUAAUUUCUUUAUCUUAUUAAUUUAUGUUCAAGAGUAUUUUAUUGCCCUAUUCUA